UGCCGUGCUCGCGGCCCGCGUGGCCACCCCGUGUCGCCGCCGCCGCCGCCGCCAUGCCCAUGAAGGGCCGCUUCCCCAUCCGCCGCACCCUGCAGUACCUGAGCCAGGGGGACGUGGUGUUCAAGGACUCGGUCAAGGUCAUGACGGUGAACUACAACUCGCACGGGGAGCUGGGCGAGGGCGCCAGGAAAUUCGUGUUCUUCAACAUCCCGCAGAUCCAGUACAAGAACCCCUGGGUGCAGAUCAUGAUGUUCAAGAACAUGACGCCGUCGCCCUUCCUGCGCUUCUACCUGGACUCCGGGGAGCAGGUGCUGGUGGACGUGGAGACCAAGAGCAACAGGGAGAUCGUGGAGCACGUCAGGAGGAUCCUGGGCAAGAGCGAGGAGACCCUCGGGAGGGAGCAGCAGGAGCGGCAGCAGCUGUCCCACCCGGCCAACUUCGGGCCGCGCAGGUACUGCCUGCGCCAGUGCAUGUGCCAGGUGGAGGGCCAGGUGCCCUGCCCGGGGCUGGUGCCGCUGCCCCGGGAGAUGACGGGCAAGUACCGGGCUUCGCUCAAGGCCGGGGCCCGGGACUGAGCCCCCGGGACGGAGACGCCGGCUGCCCCCUCGCAGUAAAAGGUGCCCGUCACACACGGUGACGCAGGACGCGGGGACACGCUGCCGGGUGACCCUCUCCGCUCCGCGGCUCAGGAGAACACUGCUGCUUUGUUGCGGUUUUUCUUUUCUUUCCUCUGUUCCUCUUCGAUCCAGGGACUGGAACGUAAAACGCUUGUCACUCCCUCGGGUGGCUCGGGGCUGGGACGGUGUCCGGCCACGGCGUGUUGACACCCGUCUGGGUCCUGCGACCGUCUCCCGGUCCCCGCUGGGUUCACGUCUCUCUCCAGACCCGACUCUGGGGAGCGCAGGGCCGCUGGGGUCCAGUCUGGCCGGCCGUGUAGACGCCACUCCAUCCGCGUCCACCGGGUAGUUGUCAGAAGUUCAAAGGCAACUGCGCAGCGCUCACCUUGGACACCGGCACUGACUGGUGUUUGCCUCCUGGGGGUGCAUGCUCGGACAGGAGCCCUGGUGGCAGCAGGCCAGCCUCGCUCAGGGACGGUCCCCACGGCCUGGUCACUCCUGCAGUCGCGGCUGACGGAGGUUGGAAGAGGGAGCGAUGCAUUUGUCACCGAGACGCAUUUGUCACCGAGCAUCUUCCCAGCGGUCUCUCCGCGUACGUAGCUGGUUUCACCUCCCGGAAACGGCGUCCUGCAGGGUCCCCUGAGGAGCAGGUUCCUCGAGUCAAAAGGGAGGGACCAGCCGGACGACAGAUGCCGGAGGCUCGGCCAGGAGCCUGGCCUGCACGGGGUUAGAGGGGGACGGGGGACAGAGGAGUCACAGGGGCAGCAGGGCCCUGGCCGAGCCCGGAAGCUCCCCCGGGCCCUUACCUGGCUCGUCCACCUGUCACGGGGGCGCAGUGGCAGCUCUUGCCGCGGUGACGUGUGAACCCGCAGCGUGCUUUGCGUGCCUGCCGGAGAGUCACGUUAACUCGGGCGACUUUCGAUCCUUGUGCAUGUGACACUCACGUCCCGGGGUGGGGGGUCUCGUGCAGGCCUGCGCUGGGGGGCGCCCCUGGGGUGCUAGGCGGGAAGGUGGCGGGUGUGUCGGGCUGAUUCACAGCGGUCACAGGUGUCCCUGCAGGGACAGGCUUGCUGAACGGGGUGGAACUGAAGUUUGGCACUCGGAGAGCAGGGAGGGGACGCUGUCCCCGGUUCCCGCUGGUCCCACGCAGCUGACGGAAGUCCUGACCGUGACUCCAGCCGACCGGCCCUUUUCCACUUGGCCGCCAGGAAGCUCUCAGCGCCUUGGGUCUCUGUCGCCCCAGCCGGGGUCUCUCCCUGUUUCGCUGGGCAGAGGUGAAAGGCGGCUUUGAAACGCACAGAAGUGGGAGAAGGUGAGUGGAGACGGAGGUGGCUGCGAGGACUCUGCAGGUGACACGCGCUCCGUUCCUGCUCUCCUGAAGUGGCCGCUGUCGGCCCCGCCGUCCCCUCUCCGCUCCGGCCGCCGGCGAGUUGCUGUGAGCCCGACUGGACACCUCGGCAUCCUCACCCGGGGCACGAGAGGUCAGAUGACACGAGGCCCAACUUCUGAAACUGCAAGAAGACACUUUUACCCUCGAGAGCAAACGCCCCUGCCGGGCGGUGUCACUUUGUCCUGCCGGGACUUACCACGGCCCGUGAGCCUCCGUCAAGGGCUAAACCCGCCUCGGCCGCCGCGGCCGGGGCACGAGCGUCACACACCUGCCACCGGGCUCCCGGGGACAUCCGGGGAACCAAGGCGUCACCGCUAUGGAGAGAAAUGACGAGCAGGAUUCGCAUUAAGUCUUCAACUCACUUUUAAUAGUAUAAACCUCAGGUAGGUAGUAGUGACUCAGCCACGACAGUAACGCCACGCGGGGGGAGGCAGCCUUGGAUGAAAUGCACACGGCUACUUCAUGCACCGCGACACGCUAUGUACAAAGCACGACAAUGCAGGUUCCCCCUCCAGCCCGGGGACAUCGGUUAGAUAGAAAAUUCAGUUUAAAAAGAACAUGCCUUUUUUUUUUUUUUCCUUUUUCUUUUUUUUUAAACGCUGUCACAUACAAAGUGACCUCACGGGGCGGGUGGCGGAGGAGGAAGCGGCGGCUUCCGGCAGGUUCUGAACCUGGACUUCUAAAACGCAAACGGGAGAAACAAUAUUUGCUACACCGGGGAGGGCAGAGGCGACAGAAACGGUCCCGGGAAACACCUACCAGCACCCGGAUUUCCCUGUGCGACAGUCGCCUUUUGAAAGGGCGACAUUUUUAACGGAGGUCCAGACUCCGGGUAAAAACCACGGUCUCCGGGCUGUGAAAAACGUGCAGCUUCUCAGCUCGGUUCCGACGCUGCUUUGCCGGGUCGCCGGGGGGGAGCGGGGACCAGGAAAAUACCCCAGCGCGUGAGUCGCCAGCGGCAGCGGCCACGUUUGGGUCCCUGCGCGCUGUGGUCGUUGAAAUGACAACGGAUGAUGCGUCCCUAAGGAAAAGCCAUUUCUGUUUACCGUUCGGUCUGCUGCUAUUUCCGGAUCUUAUGCAAAUAUUAAACUUUUAACACAGGCAACGCGUAAA